AUGUAUUGUACCUGGAAGCUUAAAGAAUUGAAAGACGAACUAAAAAAACGAGGAGCGAAGAUAACUGUAAAGAAAGCAGAUCUUGUUGAGAGGUUAGAAUCAUAUGACCGAAAUUUUAAUUUCGGCAAUCAAAGCCCUUUAGCUUCUCAAAGUCAAGCAAUUGAUGUUCCUGCUGUUGAACUUUACCAGGACGUUAAUAGCUCCACGAUAUUUCCAAAGAUUACCAAAAAACAUAUUCAAUGUUAUUUUGAUAGAUUCAAUACAAAUAUCAGUGAUGCUGUAAAGUUAUAUGAAUCGAGAUACCUUCUUAUUUUGCGAUCAACAACAUUUGCUGAAGAUACAUACUUAAAAGGUUUUUGCAAGGCAUCUAUGAAACAACUACAAUAUGAGGUAAACAUCAAAUUAAAUAAUGAUGGAGUGCCUGAAGAAGCAACAUGUGAAUGUGCAGCAGGAGAAGGCAAAGAAGCCCAUUGUAAACAUGUGGCUGUGGUACUUGUUGCUGCUGAAAAUAUUCUUAAGGAAAAAAUAAUACUGCUACAUGAAGUUUCGACAUCACAACUUCAAACGUUUCAUAAGCCAACAAAAAAAAAUUAUGCCACACCAUUGCGAGCCUCCAGAUUGCCAUCCAAAAGGGAUAUACAUAACAUUGUUUACUCUCCAUAUUUAAAACAAAACCCUUAUUUUGAUAAAAAGGCAUUCCAAUGCAGGUUUCAGUCCCUGAUUUUAAAUAUCCACACUCAUCGAUGCCCUUAA